CUCUUGAGGGAAGAACGUUUCACAAAUUUCUUCUCAAGAAUAGAGAUUUAUGGAAAUAAUCUUGCCUACUUGUUAAGUCAAUUUCCUAGCCUGCAGAAAGAUGAUUACAAUUCAUCGUUAUUACAAGAAACUAUCCAAGCAUUUACUCUCUCAUUUCUCGCCGAAAGGUUCGAUGACAUGAAAUCUAGGAAGGCAGCCGCAAAAAUUGUCGUCUCGGUGGUAAAAUUAUCGCAUCCGAGGACUCUAGGCAAUUUUGGUGUAAGAUUAGGAGCUCUUCCGGAUAUAUUGCGGGUUUUGAUUUCGGAGGGGCAUAUACAAGAGCUGGCGCAAACACACAAUCAGUGCUUUGAAGAUCUCAUUUCCGAACCCCAGGCCGGGGAGCAGUGGGUUAAAUUUAUUAUGGAUCUCUGCAAUGGAUGCGGGGUUCACAGGUCAGGGCCUAGGAGAGCCGGCGGCACGGAGUUGGCGAAGUUUAUUCGCACUGUUCCUUGUAAAUUCUGUCCUUCUAGCAUUUCCUUUGAUUGUGGACCUAGCCAGGGCCCUGAGGGGGAACAUAAGCCAUCCCGGGACCACCGUUUCGGAUUAAACGCAGAGUCAAAUGUCUUCAAAUGCCUCUUAGGCGAGCCUCUGGGGCCAUGGAAGGUCAUUCUUUCCCAGCAUGCACUUGAGAAUCUGGGAACAGGGGAUACUCAAGGUACUCGUUCCACGGAACCGAAGGAUUUGAAAAUUGCUGAUAUCGGUUAGACGAUUCUGAGAGUAUUUUGCAUAAGCUCCGAGAUCUGGCCUCCGGGGACUGGGGGGGAAAAAAAAUAUUGCAUAGAGCAAAGUGGCGCAACUCACCGAGUUAUCGAAUCCCUCUAUUCCAAGCUUUCUACAAAACCGGGCAUUUUAUAUUGUGGCAAAUUGAUACCGCUUUUGAUGAAAGGUUCGACAAAGAUUGCCAGGUUAUAAAAGGUCCGAGCCCUGUGAAAUAUCCCCAUAGGCAGAGGGCUAACGACAAGUGACCACGGUUUAGUAUGGACUAUUGGAAAACCUAAAAAUGUACGUAUUUAGUCCGGGGAUGAUGCAGAUAAGGUGAUACUAAGUUGCAGCAGCUCGAUGAGAUUGCCCUGCAGAUUUAUCGGACACAGCAAGUUUAUGCAAAAUCUCGGGUGAGAGCUUGCAACAGAAACGAUUUGGAUGGGUCACGGGAGAUCAGGUAUCCAAAGAGGGUAUGCUUGGGUGACGAAGAAAGUGGUGUUUUGGAGGUUGAUGGCACUAGCGAUGAGGUUUUCGGUGAUUCGGUGCAGCUAGGUAAGGAAGUCAGAAUAGUCCCACACGAACUGUUCCCGCGUGGGGGUGCUAAAAUCGCGGUUGAUAGAGAAGUUUUAUAGUCUUACUACGACUGUUCUGGAUAACAUUACUUCUACAACUAAAAACGUGGCAUACCCGGUCGACAUAUCGGCAGAGGAGGCCAAGGUAGUGGAUCACUAUUUACCCCCAGAGUUUGUUUUCGGGGGAAGUGGGGCGGGAAAAACCACCUGCUUGAUUUAUAAGCUAGUAGGGAGAUAUUUAUUAUCUAGAUCGGAGAGGGAAGAACCAUUGAGACAAGUAUGUGUUUGCAUGAAGUCUAAGAUUAGGUCAUACCCCGGGGGUGUCAUGCCGGCUAAGCUAACAAUAUAGGUCUUGUUAACAAAGUCAAAGAGAUUGGUGGAGAAGUUGAGAGUCAAUACUCGCGGACUGCUUGAAGCGAAAUUGGGUGAAAGGGAAGAGCCAACUGAGGGUAGUUAUGCCCAAGACGAUUUCGAUGACAACACAAGAAAGCAGUUCUUAUCACUCACCAAUGCGGAUUUCCCGCUUGUAUGCACCUUUGAUUACUUGCUAAGACUCAUUGAGAAUAGUAUUCGGUUUGUUGCUCCGCCCCGGAAAAGCUGUUACUUUGUAGUGACAUACGGAGCCGCUCUUAGAGAACAGGAAAACCGACAACGAUACAUAGGGAUAAACAGUUCUAAAUGCACCGGCGUUGUUGACUUUAGAAGGUUUAACACCGAGUACUGGAGGCCUCUUAGCCAUAGAUUAAAGAGCGGCAUUCCGGUGGAUUUAGUAUUUCUUGAAAUCAUGGGAGUCAUCAAGGGAUCAGCUUCGCCAGCCACAAACUUCAAGCCCUUAUCGCGGGAAGAAUAUCUAGGGGGGUUUUUGAGAACGACUCCAAGUAUUAUCCCAGAGCGAGGGAUGGACGCUGUGUAUAACUUGUACGAAUGGUAUGAACGGGCUAAGAAGGAACGUGGCGAAAUUGAUCAGGUGGAUAGGGUUCUAAAGGUUAUGAAGACUUUGGAGGCAUUCAAAUCCUCGGGGGCAUAUGAAGACAUUGUAUUCGAACAGAAGAUUCGGAGCAUGCUAGACGAAAUUUAUGUGGAUGGUGAGCAUUUCUACCGCGAAAAUACUAGCUUUGGGGGGUGUUAAAAAAACACAGAGGUACAGGAUCAGCGAACGUCAGAUAUAAGGAUGCUUUUGACCCUAGUGGAGCAUCCUUGGGGUGUACAUUUUGGUAUGAUAUGGUUCUCUCUAUUUUCUGCCCUUCCCUCCCGACUCCCAGUUCUCACCCGCGAGCAGCGGGCGAUACGGCCCAGUGUAUAUCUAAAGACGCCCUUUUCCGGUUCCCGAAUGCGAAAUCCCUGUUUUAUGAACGCUUCGUGGGCAGCGCAUGGAAGAAGGGAGAGAUAAAGCCAACGUUGCAUCAAUUAUCGCACAACUUUAGAUCGCAUGAAAAAAUUUUGAAGGUUGCCUCCUUAGUGAGGGACCUCAUGUAUAGUGGUAUGCCGUUUCCCGGUACGCCCCACUGCCUUGCGUUAUGCUUAUGAAAUGACCUAGGCUUUCCGGGUUUGGUAGAUAAAUUUGAGCUUGAAAUUGGGGUUGCCCGCGGUCCUAGGCCCGUACUUUAUGGUAACCCCCUCCAUACACUUACCGGCAGCUACCCUAUGUACUAAUUUUUGAAGUUGGAGGCAACAUUACGGAUAUACUGAGGUCCGAAGAGGAAGUGGAAGACCCCCCGGAAUCGGGUGCCCAGGACGGGAGGUCCACUGAAUAUGGAGAAGUGCGUGUUAUUCUGGUUCGGGAUGAAGAAACACGGGACAAGCUGCGAACCGAACUCGGAAGGUCUUCAUUAGUAUUAACUAUUCUCCAGAGUAAGGGCAUGGAGUUCGAGGAUGUUUUACUCUAUGAUUUCCUUAGUACUAGUGCGUACAGCCAUAAACUAGGGAUCUUAGAAGAUAUUCACAAGUUUGAAUAUCAAGACAACGUGGGUAACUAAUGACUUAUAUCGUAGAAGAGAUGCUAACCACGUCACAGGGGCUCUUUUCAGAAUUGAAGGUAGUUUGGCAGUAGUUAGCUCCUUAUUUUAGAUUUAACGCACCCGCUAAUUCUACGGGGAUACAAAGCACUUAUAUGUUGGAGUGACGAGAGCUCGAAACAGACUGUGGAUAUUGGAAAGCAACAGACGUGUCUUACAGCCAAUGGAACGCCUGUUCAAUCCAACAGGGGGCCAGUCACUGCUAAAGAUUUCCACGGAACUGGAUACAGGGGUAUGUCCUGAACCCCACUGGAUUGUCCACUCUGACAUCCCUAGGUUUCGCAAAUGCGUGAGCGGUUGUCUAGAGGAACGACGAUCAGUAGUUUCCGAUGGAGGGAAAUGGGGUGUCAGAUGAUUGAAGAAAACCAAUAUUCUGAAGUUCGUUGGUAUAUGUUAUGUUUUCAAAAAAAAAAAAAAGAACUGAUUAGCUCUCUUCUAGGCUCUCCGCUGCUUUGAGCGUGCUGAGGAUCCAGAUGGCAUAACUUUGGCCAAUGCAUAUAUUACUGAAGAAAAAGGACUCACCGCCAGAGAUCACGGGUUGUCUGAAGAGGCAAAUCUACAUUUCUUAGAGGCAUCAGAGCUUUUCCUAAAAGCCGAUAGCAUCGCGAAGGCAGUUCAAUGCCGGAAGGCAGGGGGCGAUCCAAAAGGAGCAAUUAGUGAGUAAAUCCUAAGGGAAGAUCGAAACCUUAAAGGCUUAAACAAUAUAGGGAUUCUUGCCGAUAAUGGAGGAUAUGAAGAUGCUGCCUGGCUUGGAGCAGAAGUUGGCUUGUUUUCAGAAAUAAGCGAGAUAUAUACCAAACUUGAUAAACAUGAGAAGGCGCUCGCGGGAUAUGCUCGUGGGAAACAAUCCAAAUGGAUGUUCAAUUACCUAAAAAGGUUUAUACCAGAUCCCUUUUGUUGUUUAGCCCCCGGAGCUCAAAGAGGCGUAUUGGGAUUAUCUGACCUCUGGGAAUAGGUUUAAGUCAGCGAUUGAGCCUUGUUGCUGGAAACAGUAUAUGUACCUCUACUACUUAAAGGAAUUUGGAGGGAGCGAUACGUUUCUCGACGAGUUUGGAAAAAGAGCUCUUAUUCUUACCGGAUCUCUAGAGGAGCAAGAAAUCGCUUUCUCUAGACUUCAUCUGAUGAGCAAACUUUUCCACUUGCUCAGCACGAACAGGAGAUACGUGGAAGCUUACGAGGUUGGAACCAGUACCGGGCCCCUGGAGAUCUCGAUUCAGUUGCUAAGUGACCAAAUCUUGUUGAAAAAUCCAAAUUGGGGACAGGGGGAACAGUUGGACAUGACGUGUGAGUUUCUGCAAGCAGAGCAUAUUGAAGCCAAUCCCGGGCCAAGAACCGGAGCAGACGGGAAGAUCCACAAAGUGCUACGGGCAGCAAGCAAGAAAGGGAACCGACAGAUCAACUCGUUUAUCGGAAGGUGGGAAGCUAUUAAUCUAGCGCUCGAUAGCUUUGAUUGGUAUAAGACGAGUAUAGAGACGGGGGUGCUUAGUGAUGUGCAGAUUGCUGGAUAUGUGGAUAUUCUGGUUUGUUCCUAUGAAAUCUCUAUGCGGUUCUCCCCCCUAACUCCCCGAUAGGUAACCAGGAGCGCAUAUCCGAACAACGAAUUCCGGCUUCCUUUUGA